UUGGAUUACCAUUCCACGUCUCAGCUGACUCUCACUUUAACUCAAGAAAGGUUUUGUGUUUUUUUUUUAAUUUGCUGUUUUAUUUGGUAAUGUUUCGUAAACAUAUUUUAGAAAAAUGACACCAUACACUUUUUAUUUUUAAAAUGUCUUCAUGACCAGCAUUGUGGACAUGCUAUACCUGAUUGGAGAUCUUAGACAAUAAUUCUACCUCGAUCAAAAGGAUUUUGCUAAGCUUCGGAAGCACAGUUUGCAGUGGGCAGAACUUCCUCUCAGUCAUCCUGUGCUGUUACUAGCUGCCCAGUUGUUCAUGUUUGGUUCGGGAGACUAAACAAUCAGAAAUGGAUUUUGGGGCACUGGAAACAGUGGUUGCUAAUUCUGCAUAUAUUACAGCGAGAGGAAGCUUCGAUGGAGGCUUCAACCCACAAAUUACUAGGAACAAGAAGUAUCGUAACAAACUAAAGCUUCCACCUCUGUCUCAAUGUGAACAUUUAAAGAAUGAAAUUGAUUUGGAUUUUGAUAAUAUUUGUGUCAAGCAACCCAUUGGCAAAAAAUUAUUUCAGGAGUUUCUGGGAACAGUCGAAGAAUUUAUUCCUCCAAUGGAAAUAUGGAAUGAUAUUGAGGAUUAUGAUACUGCUGAGGAUGAAGACCGUUUGCAAAAGGCUCAAAGUAUCAUAAACAAGUAUCUUGACACACAUUCAAAAUCAUUUUGCCCCUAUUUAGAUGAGAAGGCCACUGCAAAAGUAGUAGAGGAGUGUAAUAAGGCCCCAGAUGGACUCUUUAAGCAACUACAUCAAACUACGUUGGAUUAUUUAAAAGAACAUGCUUAUUCAAAAUACAAAGAAGGCAAGCAUUUCUCAAAAUUCCUUCAAUGGAAAUGGCUUGAGGCCCAGCCAAUUGGAGAGGACUGGUUUAUGGACUACAGGAUCCUUGGGAAAGGUGGAUUUGGGGAAGUGUCUGCUUCCCAAAUGAGGGCAACAGGUAAAAUGUAUGCCUGCAAGAAACUCAACAAGAAAAGAUUGAAGAAAAGGAAAGGAUUUGAUGGUGCUAUGGUUGAAAAAAGGAUUCUUGCAAAGGUCCACAGUAGAUUUAUUGUCUCCCUGGCAUAUGCAUUCCAGACAAAAAAUGAAGUCUGCCUUGUAAUGACUAUAAUGAAUGGAGGUGAUCUACGGUUCCACAUUUACAACGUUGAUGAAGAAAAUCCAGGAAUUGAUGAACCCAGGGCUUGUUUUUACACUGCACAGAUAAUAUGUGGGUUGGAACAUCUUCACCAAAACAGGAUUAUCUAUCGAGAUCUAAAACCAGAAAAUGUCCUAUUAGACAAUGAUGGCAAUAUCCGUAUAUCUGACCUUGGGCUGGCUGUUGAGUUGAAGGAGAAGAAAUCAAAAACCAAGGGCUAUGCUGGAACCCCAGGUUUUAUGGCUCCAGAACUAUUACAAGGGGAAGAAUAUGAUUUCUCUGUAGAUUAUUUCUCAUUGGGAGUCACAAUAUAUGAAAUGAUUGCAGCACGUGGCCCCUUCCGAUGCAGAGGAGAAAAGGUUGAAAAUAAAGAUUUAAAGAACAGAAUCCUCAAUGAUCCAGUGUCAUACACAGAAAAAUUCAACAAGGACUGCAAGGCCUUCUGUGAAGCCUUACUGGAAAAGGAUGCCAAGAAAAGGAUUGGUUUUAAAAACGGAAACUGUAAUGAUCUCAGAGCACAUGCUUUCUUCAAAGAAAUUAAUUGGAGAAAACUAGAAGCAGGUAUCCUCACACCACCGUUUGCCCCAGACUCCAGAACUGUGUAUGCAAAGGAUAUUCAAGAUGUAGGAGCCUUUUCAACAGUGCGAGGUGUUGCUCUUGAAGAUGGUGACAAGCAACUUUUUGAUGAAUUUGCCUCAGGCAACAUACCUAUACCAUGGCAGGAGGAAAUGAUUGAAACUGGUAUUUUUGAUGAAAUAAACGGGGAUUUAAAUGAUGUUCGGAGAGAAUCUAUCACAAAUGAUACCGCAGCAAAGUCUGGAGUGUGUCGAAUCGCAUAGAAAUUAGAAAAGAUCACUUAGCCCUAAAAGAGAAGAUCAACCUGAUCAGGUGGUCUCAUUGAUCUCUUUACAAACUUAUUUUCCUAUGAAAUAGACCUAAAAGUACUGUAUUAAAACAACAUAGAUUAUGUUAUUUUUAUCUUUUACCACAUGCUAACUGAAGCGCAAAUGUGAAACAAUAUAGUGGACAAGAAUCUUGGACCAAGUUAAAAUCUUUAAGAGCUGCCAUGAAAUCACAUCUCAUACUUUAUCUACAAAGAGUGAAGAAGUACUCCUGAAAUUUAAAUAUAUAAAUAUAGUUAUUGUAAUUUUUGUUUUAUUGACCUUGGACAUUGUUAUUGUGUAAGGACAAUAAUAAUAACAAAGGAAAAAUAUAAUUGAACAGCAUCACAUAAUAUGUUCAUUCUUCAAAGCUAUGGAAUCAUGGAGAACAGUUUUGUGGACUCUGGACUAAACCGCAUGGAGCCAUCUAUGGCAGUGGUUCUUAACUUUUUUUUGUCAGUGCUCGAAAUUAUGUUCAUGUCAUUAGCUUGUCUUCAGCUGGAAAAUUAACACAGUGACACACUCUCAAAAUCUCUGCCAAUUUUAAAAAAAUAUUACAAAUACCUUGUUUAGACUCCCCAUUGUUUCAAGAGGUCUUCACUCCACUGGAUAAGGUUCUGGGCAAAAUCCUCUCCAAUAGUUGACAGCUGCCUGCUUGGUGUCCAGAUGAAUUUGAUAAUCCUAGUUCUGCUAUUGGACACAUACUAAAAUGAUAAGGGAACAAUUUUGGGGUCCUGACCCGAGAGUUAAUAAUUACUGAUUAUGGUGAUUCUAUUAAGCAUGGUAUGCUUAAUAUAUGUUCCUCUUUAGGAUUGUGAGGAAUUUGAGAUGAUUAUAAUAAUGAUGCUGACAUUUUUCAACUCCAAUACUUCUUGUAGUGGUGAGUUGUUUCAUUUAUAUUUUCCCAUUUACUGACAUUUAUUCUGGAUAUAUUUCUUAAAAAAUAAUGAAGAAACAUUCAUUUUCCAAGAUCUGUUUUUCUUUAAAACAAGGGAACAUCUGUUGGCUAAUCCAAAAGUAGGUAAACAAUAAUUAUUUAUUUUCAGAGAUCCAACUUGAGUGUAAGAUCUACAGUUCAUUUUCUGUGUUGAUGCGGUUUGCUUUUAUUUUCAUAUCUUAGUUUAAAAAGGUCUGCAUGGCACAUCACAAAUGGAAAGGUUUAGGUCCCAAUGGAGACUUAGUCUAGAAUUUAGGAAUUUUCAUUAUAUUUGCAAGACCAGCAAAGGAAUUAAGUGUUAUUUACCUAUAAAGAAAAAAAGAUAGAUUUUAUACAGCCACUUUAUUAAGGAAACAUAUUCUAAUUUUUUUUUGUGACAACACAACUUUGACAUUAAAAAGUCAAAGAAAUUGAAAUUAAUUUGAGCAGAGGGAACUGUACAGUUUUGGUGAUCACAUACCGCUGCAGGAUUACCUGGCAGUUCCUAGUCUUCAGAAAGAUAAUAUGAAGAAUCCCAGCAUGUGUCUAUGCUAGUGCAGCUUAUAUAUUUCAAACGAUGACAUGUCUAAUCAGAUACAUCAUUUGAACACUGUUGUAGAGAGAACUUGUUUAUAUUUUUGGGUCCUUUUUAAGCUUCAACAAAUCUGGCUAUUCUUUUCUGACACUUCUCAUAAAAAAAUAUUUUUUUGCCACAAAAUCUGCUUUCCAUUUAAUGUUUUUUGUCAAUGGAUCUCUCUCUGCAAACUCUAGUGCAGUGAUUAUAGUGCAGGAAAACACAGGAGGUCAACUGUUUGUGAUAUGGAAUAAUUACACCUGGCUCCAACAAUCAUAGAGUGAUCGAUAUAGUUUAGAUUACAUGUCCUCCCAAUGUAUUGCAGAAUUAUAUAAAAAGCCAGUGGUUCCCAACCCAGUCCUCAGGUACCCCAUAACAGUCCAGUAUUCCGGGAUUACCCAGUUGUGUCUGAGGUGUCUUUAGAAGAAAAAAAAA